UUUUUUUUUAUUUAACAUGUCUGUCAAUAAUAUCAAAGUAAAAAAUACCGAAAAUACAAACGAAUGGAUUAAUUGGAUUGAAGAAACUAUUGAUAAAGAAAAUAUAAUUUAUUAUAAUUACAAAUAAUUUAAUAAUUUUCAAGAAAUUGGUGUUGGAAAUUUUGGAAAAGUAUAUCGUGCAAGUUGGAAAAAUUUAGAAAAAAAUUUUUUUUUUAAUACUAACAUCAUUAGUUACUCAUCACAAUAAAAGAAAUUGUUCGUGAGUAUUAUUCGUUGCUACGGAAUAGCGAAAUUUGAAUCAAGCAGAAAAUCAUGAUAACAAUAUCAAUUACAUGUUAGUAGUGGAAUAUGCAGACAGUGUAGUCUUCGGAACUAUUUGAAGUAUAACUUUAGUAAACUAACUUGGGAUGAUAAGCACCUUUUCGUAUCAGUUAGCUUGCGCUGUAUCAUGCUUACAUAAUGAAGGGAUUUUCCAUCGCGAUUUGCAUUCUGGCAAUAUAUUAGUCCAUCAAAAUUCAAUCAAAUUAGCAGAUUUUGGUUUAUCAAAAAGAAUUGGAGAAUCAUCUAAUUCAUCCAAUUUUCAAUCCAAAUUAUUUGGAAUGGUUCCUUACGUUGAUCCAAAAUGCUUCAAUAAUAAUCAAUCAACAUAAAUGUAUUCAUUGAAUGAAAAAAGUGAUGUUUACAGUAUUGGAGUAUUAUUGUGGGAAAUAGUCAAGUGGGCAACCUCUUUUUUUAUAUUGAAGGUGAGCAAUAUGAUGUUGGUUUAGCAUUGGAAUUGGUACGCCAGAAGAUUAUAUACCAGAUGCUUGGAUGGUGAACUAGAUAAUCGUCCAACUAUAUAUCAAGUAGUUGAUUGGCUAAAAGCAAUUGCUACAAAAACAGAUGUAAAAGCAGAAAUUCUUCAAUUGUCAAGUAAACAAGAACUUAAUUUAAGUAAUGCUGAGGUUCUUUUAAGUACAAGUAAUUCAGAAUUACAAGGAGAAUUAUCUCAGCUCAUUCAAAAUUUUAAUAAAAUAAGUACAUCAGAAAUUAAUACUACAUCAAUAUCAAAUUAACAAAAGAAUUUGUUAUUAGAAAAAGAUUUUAACAGAAUAAUUGAUGAAAUAAAUGAUUUUAUUGUUGAAUUAUUAAAUAAAGUGAAGGGGAAUUAGUAAAAGAGCAAGUUAUUGAAUAUCUUAGUAGUAUUUAUAAUACAAAUUCACAAGAAAUUUUUGAUUGUCAUCAAUAAUUCAAAUUCUGUCUUUUUACUUGGAUACUUUAAUUACAAUGGAAUUGAGACAAGUGAAAAUAAUGAGAAAGAUUUUAAUUUAUUUCUUAAUGCAUCAGCAAAAUAUCAUACAUUAGCAUAAUAUUUCGUUGCUUAUUGUUACCAAAAUGGAUUUGAAACCAUAAAAAAAUGAUAAAUUAGCUUUUAAAUAUUUCGAAAAAGUGGCUGAUAAAAAUUAUGCGAUUGAACAAUUGGAAGUUGGUUAUUUUUAUGAUAAUGGAAUAGGCAUUAAAAAGAUUUAAAAAAGGCUUUUUUUUGGUUUGAAAAGCUGUAAAUAAUGGAAAUAUAAUGGCUAAAUGUAAUCUUGGUCUUUGUUAUAAACAUGGAAAAGGGGCUGAAAAAGAUUAUAAUAAAGCAUUUGAAUUGUUUAAACGAUCAUCUGAAGGACUAAAUCUGAUAAACAAAAAGCAUUUGAAUUAUAUGAAAAUCAGUAAAUUUAGGAAGUAGAGUGUCACAAUAUAAUGUUGCUAAUAUGCAUGAAUUUGGAGAUGGAAUUAUGAAGCAUUAAGGAUAUAGAUAAAGCAAUUUAUUUGUAUGAGAAGUCUGCUAAACAAGGAUAUCAAAAUGCAAAAAAUAGAUUAAAAAAAUUGAUAAUUCUUAAUAAAUUCUUCCUAAAUUUAUAAUAUAGAAUUAAAUAGUAAAUUUUUUUUAUAUUGCCUACCUUAUAUGGUUAUCGUCCUUGUAA